UUAGGUAGACAUCCAUAGAUUAUUUUCUGUGCCCCUCUACUGCUACUCCAACAUUGAACGAACCCUGCAUGUGGGCCACUUCUAUACUAGUACUGCAUGAAGGGCGUGGUCCAAUAUCACCAAUAUUUAAAGUCCCAAGUAUUGUAGUGGUAUAACAAUCCAUUGUGUCAACUCGUCGAAGUCGCAGUAAGGAUCAUUCCCAGGGACCUGAGAAAAAUUAUUCCCACAAUGGCACCGGUACCUUGUAAAGUUCGGCAUGCUCACCGAGAGGAUGUGCCAACUAUUCUCGAAUUGAUCCGAGAGCUAGCCGACUAUGAGCAUGAGCUCGAUGCUGUCGAAGCAACCGAGGCUACGCUUCUGUCUACUAUAGCAUUCGCCCCCGACAAUGUCGAGUCGACUUCUACUGCCCCAAACACAGAGCCUACAUCGCCGUCUAGACCAGCACGGUGCCUCCUCCUAUUCAACGAGGAAGGGAAACCAGCCGGAAUGGCGUUGUACUUUUACAACUAUAGCACGUGGCGAGCGAAAGCAGGUAUCUAUCUCGAAGACUUGUUUGUUCGACCGACGGAGCGGAAGAAGGGGUACGGGAAGAAGCUGCUGGUUGAGUUGGCAAAGGAGGUAGUCGCCACAAACGGCGGUAGGCUCGAGUGGAGUGUGCUGAAGUGGAACGAGCCGAGCAUCAAAUUCUACGAAUCCAUCGGAGCUAAGCCGAUGAACGAAUGGGUUGGCAUGCGAGUCGAUCGCGAGGGCCUGACGAAGUUGGCUGGCCUUCUAGACUAAGCGAGUCUAAAUAUAAAGGCACGUAUCAUAUAACCUUAG